GCAUAUUUACACCUGUCGAAGAUAAGGGACCGCCCAUUCCAGUUCUGCAUCGAGACACCGCUAGCUAGCCACAAGAACGUCCAAACAGGACCCAGGAUGGCGCCCAAGUACAAGCUGACGUACUUUGACGUCCGAGCUCGCGGUGAGCCGACCAGGCUGCUAUUCGCCGCUGCUGGGGUUGAGUACGAGGAUGUGAGAAUCACAUUCGACCAGUGGCCGGCACACAAAGACAGCACUCCGAUGGGCGUACUGCCCAUUCUCGAGGUGGAUGGGAUCACCCUCAGCCAGAGCAUGUCCAUAGCUCGCUUCAUUGCAAGGGAGACGGGACUGGACGGUAAAACCAGGCUAGAGCGGGCCCAGGCAGACGCCUUUGUAGACGAGCUUGAGGAGCUGAUACCGAAAAUGGCUGGUGUGGUAGUAUUCGCCAAGGAUGAAAAAGACAAGGAGGAAAAGUCGAAGGAGUUGGAUAAGUUGAUCGCAGAGAGACUCGGCAAGUGUGAGAAGCUGAGCGGGUCUGACGGACAUCUAGUGGGCAACAGCCUUCUGUGGUGCGACCUGGUGUUAUUUAACAUCGCGCAUAACAUCGAGGAGGUUUACAAAGCGGGAACCAUGCAGGACUACCCCAAACUGACCAAGGUGUGCGACACGGUCAAGGCCAACCCGCGCAUCGCCAAGUGGAUGGCCGAGCGUCCCGCAGGGAUGUUCGACUUCUGAGGGGAUGAUGGGAGAUGUUACAUGACGUCACUGAUGACGGAGAGAUGGAAGUCAAAGCAGUUUCUCAGGAUUUUGACACAGAAUAAAUACUAUUUUUCCUUCCAUUUGACAUCAAAUGUA